AUGGCCCGCGUCAAGACCUUCUUCCAAAGCCGCAAGGCAGCCAUGCUCACUGGCGCUCUCUUGUUUGUAGUCGCUGUUUCUGCGACUGCACCGGGAGCAGCUGCUAAGAGGCAGGCGAGUAAGACGGAGACGGGCUUUGAGUCUUUGACUGGAUGUCAUAUGCAUGGUCCUACACAGUUCUGCAUGGCAGGUUCAGACGAGUACCAAAUCGUCGCAGAAGCUUCAGCGACAGCUACUCAAGACCUCCCAUCUUCGUACACAGAUUGUCACAACCAUGGCUCAGACACGUACUGCAUGAACCCAAGCGGCGGAGAAGUCCAAGUCCUCGGCGAAAACGCCAGCGCUACUCAGACAGCUGCUAAGGAGACGGGCUCUGCGAAAGCAGACAAGAUCACUGCUGUGUCGGAUUGUCAUAUGCAUGAGACGUCUCUAUACUGCAUAGGCCCCAGUUCUUCGGAGUACUACGUCCAAACUACCAUUACAAACACGGAAGAGUAUCCCGCUCAAUUGACAGGCUGCCACAGCCAUGGCGACGAGACAUACUGCAUGUCCGACGACGGUGAAGCACCAAUCCUAGCAGCCGAAGACGUUGAAUCCGGCGCCGCUGAUCCCCAAGAGGAACACUGCCAUUUCCACGCAGGAGUAGAACACUGCGUAGGCGGCGGUCAUUCCGAAGGUGGUGCACGAUCCUGCACCCGAACAGACAGAGACUACAAGAUCGGCAUCCGAAUCGGCAUGCUCUUUGUAGUCCUUGUCGCUUCAUCAGUUGGUGUCUACGGACCUAUUCUACUCUCGAGGUUUACGCCUGUUAAGUCGAAUCUGUUCCUUAUCGUGUUGAAGCAAUUUGGUACGGGUGUUAUUAUCUCUACUGCUUUUGUCCAUCUCUUCACUCACGCGACAAUGAUGUUCGGCAACGAAUGUCUCGGCGAAUUACUUUACGAAGCUACGACUGCUGCUAUUGUCAUGGCGGGCUUGUUCAUCUCCUUCCUGAUCGAGUUCCUUGUUCAUCGCGCGAUGCGCUGGCAAGCUAGCAAGAAAGCCGAAACGGAUUCUGUUACUCUGUCGCCUAAGGCUGUUGAGAAGGCUGAGAUGGCGAAUAUUAGUAUCAUGGAGGCUGGUAUCAUCUUCCACUCUCUGCUUAUCGGUAUCACCCUCGUCGUGGCUGGAGACUCUUUCUUCAUCACCCUCUCAAUCGUAAUCAUCUUCCAUCAACUCUUCGAAGGUAUCGCCUUAGGAACACGUAUCGCAUCAUUAGGCUACGGCGCCAUGCCCCUCGCUCUGGGCCACUCGCACUCCCACUCCCCCACACCCUCGGUCGAACGAACAGGAACAUCUACUGUCCCACUCUGGAAGAAGCUCGUCCUGGCCUCCGGCUUCGCCAUCAUCACACCCAUCGGAAUGGCCAUCGGUAUCGGUGUUCUGAAUGUGUUCAACGGCAACGAUCCUUCUACUCUCAUCGCCAUCGGUACCCUGGAUGCCUUCUCGGCUGGUAUUCUUGUCUGGGUCGGUUUGGUCGAGAUGUGGGCUCAGGAUUGGAUGCUUGGUGGUGAACUUAGUGAUGCCAAUGCGCUGACUACUACGUUGGCUAUGUUUGGAUUGCUUUGUGGUAUGGUUUUGAUGAGUCUGCUUGGAAAGUGGGCUUAG